AUGGUUUUGGCCAUCAGCGUUUUUGCUGUUAACGGUCUUCCUCAAAAGCCAGCUCGAGAAGGUAAUGCAAAAAGCAUAGUAGGAUUAGCAUCACACAUUGUCACGAACAGUUUGUUGCAAGGACACCAAGAUGCUUCAAACUUCGUUUUCUCACCUCUCGGAUUCUCAUCUAUUUUGGCCAUCCUAAAGGAAGGCGCACGCGGCGAGACCCUAAAAGAAAUUGAAAAAGUCUUAAAUUUCGAAGAUGCUUCCGUCGAGGACAUUCGUAGGUCGUAUGAAAGUGCCCUUAAGCACUUGGGAGACUCAAAUGCGCAAAUGUCACCGCAAUUCAAGACUUGGUUCUACAUUUACAAAAAUAACACGGUCGAGGAAGAGUUCAAAAAUGUCAUUGAAAAGUUUUACAGUGUCGAUGUCAAAGAAAUUAAACGUUUUAGCUUUAGUGAUUCCUCGGACUCGGAUUCCGAAAAUGAAGAUGAAUUCACUUAUCCUUCAGAGGAUUUGGAGUUCUCAGACGAGAAGUCGAGCAAUAAAGAAGAAGAAGUGCCAGAGAAGAAGAAAAAAAUUGACAUGACAAACACCUUUAAAAAAUUGAAAUUGGCUAUCGUUAAUGCUGAGGUCAGUCAUCAGAAAAAUUCUGUAGCCGAUAAAAGUGAUAGCAAACCAUCAAAGUUUGAUAAAAACAUCGAUGAUAAACAAUAUGAAGAAGUUGAAAAAAUUAAGGAGCAAAUUAAAGAAGAAAAGAUCAAGGAGGAAAAGAAGGAAGUGGAAAAAACUGACGAAAAAGAGAAAAAAACUGAGGAAGAAAAGAAACCAGAAGUCGAAAAGCCUUCAAAAAAAGAACAAGAAACCGAAAAGAAAGAAACUAUUGCCCAAUUAGCUCAGAUGCGAUCUUUUGCUGAAGACGAUGUCACCAGUGGACUUAGUGGUAAUUCCAUUGUUGGCAAGAAAAACGAAGACUCCGAGGAAUUGGAAUCCAAAAUGUUGCUUUUCAACGGUUUAUAUUUCCGUGGAAACUGGCUGUCUCCAUUCCAAGUACGCCCUGCCGAUGUAUUUUACAAUUCCACUGCCCAAAAGACUCAAAUUACAAUGAUGCGGACCCGCGGAAUCUUCAAAACUGCCUUCGUCAAGUCAGUUGAUGCACAUGCCGUUGAAAUCCCAUAUGAAAAUGAGCGAUAUGCGUUGUUAGUUGUGAUGCCAAAGAGUCACAGUGGCAUUGCAUCGUUCGUAAAGCAAUAUACGUUGAGUACAUUGGAACAAAUUGAUCGUGAAAUGAAGGAGGAACAUGUACAUCUUGCUUUGCCUAAGUUCAAGGUUGAAACAACUGGACGUGCCGAGAAGCCAUUUGCCAAGUCUGGAAUUACUUCCCUUUUUACGAGGAAAGCUGAUUUAAGUGGAAUUACAAAAGAACAACAUCUUCACGUUGAUGAAUUGGUUCAACAUGUGGCUGUUCGAGUUGAUGAAGGAGCAAUCUCACAAAAUGCCUUUAGCGCUACAAAUGCCGUUCGAUCAUCGCCCAUCGCCGAUAAGGAACUCGUUAUUGACCAUCCAUUCCUUUUCUUCGUGCGUGAUAUUGUCGACGAUUUAAUAGUCGUUGCUGGUGCCAUUAACCAUGUGCCAGCCAAUAAACCAGUGUCAUUUUUUUAA